GUUACACAAAAGAUGCGCAAGCAUUUAUGCGCAAUAAACAUGAACGAUAAUCAAACAGAUGCAUAAAAAGACGAUAAAGAGAUAAAUUUUAUGAAAGAAGAGCCGAUCCUUCACAUUGAAAUUUUUAUGAUUAGUAAAUCUUUGAAGUCCCAAAGUUGACCAGGAUGAAUUAUCAAAAGACCUACAUGAAUCACAUUCACUCCAGCUCUCUACUAUAUCAGCUGGCCUCGAUGUGGAAAUCACAGACGUUGUGUGAUGCUAUCAUUCGAACUGGCAGCGUCAUUUCAAAAGCUCACCGUGUGGUGCUGGUAGCUGCAUGUCCAAUGUUACAGUCCAUGGAGAAUGCUGCAGCAGGGUCCCAUUUAGAAGUACGACUAACUGCAGACAUCAAACAAGAAUCCAUCAACACAUUCCUACAAUAUUUAUAUGAAGGUUUCAUGACACUCACUGAAGAAAACUACAAAGACAUUGAAAAAAUCUCUAGGCUCCUUCAAGUGGAAAAUGCCAUAAAAUGUUGUGCUGACUUUAUCAAAUGCAUUAAUUUGCCAUCAGGCAAUCAGUAUCGUUACAACUAUCCAGACCAGAUGGAAUUCAAACAUGUGAGAACCACAGAGCUUCAGAAAGUCCAAGACAGAAACCAGAAAAGGUCCACGGACAGACCAAUCAGCCCAGGCAGUAAGCGACCUAGAUUCCAAAGGCAGCCCAGUCCAAUGUCGGAUUCCCGUACCCACGACAUGUCUGGAAUGAAGGAAAGUUACACAGUUAACGAUCCUUGGGAUCGUGUACCGAGAUUGGGAUCACACUCAUCCACUCCCUCAUCUGUUCAUGUUCCUAGUCAACAGCCUGGUGUGAUUGAUAUUGUAGAAGACAGCAUCGAGUUAAUACAGACAGAGCCUCCAGGUAAACGACCAGGAGAAGAGGAGAGGGAGUUAAGAAAGGUACAGAGCACUGUGGGGGUGUCAGUGGCCAGUCAGAGAGACGCCCCCGCAGACGUUCAGAUUGUUAGUGUACCUGGUGCUUCAGAUGUUUCUAGUCAGAAAUCUGCUUCAGAUUCCGCUCCAUUCAUUCCUAGUUCACCCUCUUCAUCAGAUUCAUCCUCUCUGAAAGAGAGACCCCCUCACUAUAGCAACCCUAUUUAUCCACCAAAGACUGAACCAGAAAAAUCAGCCAAAAAUCAAGAGCAGCCUUCGGAUGUUGAAGUUGCCACUCAGAGACCGCGCCCACCUGAAUUAGUAGCUGGAUCCCAGUCCACCCACCCUUAUCCCAUAUCUAUGACCACAUCAACCAGACCAUUAACCCAGAGUCUUCAGCAGAAGCCUUUUGCUGCAGGCAGUGCCAUGCAGGCAGAAUCUGUGUCCCCUGGUGCUGUACAGAGGGGCCCUAAACCACAGACGAUCAGUCGAGUGGAGAACACAGAGAAGGCCCCUCCCUUAGACAGGCCCCCUCGUGAUAUGGGGUCGCGGGUGAAAGAUCACAAUAACAGACUUUCCCCAGAUAUCAGCAUUGUGAAAGUUGAGAAUGAGUUGGGACCAGAGGAGACAGGAAUGUUAGACAUGUAUGUGUCUGAUGUGGGAGGGGGUGGGUCUGGUCAGUCCCACGGACAGAACGAUGAGGAUCAGAGUGAUUACGAUGUGGAGGAACCCCCAGGAGACAUGCACAGGGAUGAAAUGUCCAACGAAAGUGGCAACAUGAGUAUGGACCAGAGUGGAAACUGGUACAUGGGCAACUUUAGAGUGGUUGAACAGAAUGUUCUAGCAUCCGACCCGACCAGCCUCUUGUAUGCCAUCCCGAUUUGCUCUGAAGAUAACAUGGACACUUUAGUCUUAAAUGAACAAAAUUCUGAACAAGUUGCUUGCAUCUCAAAUGAAUGCGAGUGGAAAAUUUCAUCUGCCUACAGCCUGGCUCAACCAGUCAAAAAAGUCAUUGAAGGGAUAUCGAUGGAAUAUAAAAAUGAAAGAGAAAAUACUUCCUCUAUGCGAGCAACAAGCUAUGAAAUCGAAGAAGAAAACUAUAGAUUAUUUUUUGGAAAUUCAAAAGAGGAGGGUUUUAACAAAAUGUCAGGUUCUUUUGACGAGGCCAAUAAAAUAAAAAAAGGCAACAAAUUGAAGAAAAGAUCAAGAAUCAUUAGAGGGUCAGCAAUCACACGAAAAAUAUACUCCCCAGAGCGGGGGAACCAAAGUUGUGUUGUACUCGACAACACGAAACACUCAUUUGAUAGAGGACGCGAGAAAAUAAAACACAGUAAACAGGAAAGAAGAAACUUUACAACUCCUUCCUCGAGACUUCAAAACACGAAAAAAUGGUCUCUGAGUAAACAUCGGAGCAUGUCUAUGGAAAAAGAGGUCCGAGAAAAAGGAGUGAAGCCUGUACGUAAAGGUCUAUACCGCUACGAUUUCAGAACCUUUCGCAGGAAAAGCAGAUUAAAAGUACAACGACAAGUAAGACAUCGGUAUAACUCACCACCGAGGGCAACAGCAGCGGAGACGCAGAACGAAGCUUGUCAGACCAAGGAUAAAACAGCAGAGUCGAAUGAUGUCCAGAGCGAAAAUGCAGAAAAUCAAAAUGAAGAACAAAAAAACUGUUCAACUGAGAUUUCGCCUAAGCAUCCAGUGCAUGUUUUUGUGGAUGGAGGAGAGAGAGGAAUGUGCGUGUAUUGCUAUGAAAACCCCGAAACCAAAGGAAAAAUUGAUCUUGUUCGAAAUAAAUGCAAAGUAUGUAACGUAUAUCUUUGCAAUUCAAUAUUCAUAGCAGGAGGAAGAUCUUGCUUUGAUCGAUAUCACCAAGAAAAUGCAAAGCAUAUCACAAAAACGUUGCUUGAUGAAUCUGCAAGUACAGAAGAAAUGAUGGCCAUCCAUUAUCCCGUACGCGUGAAUCUUAAGGAAGACUUCAAAAAGAAGAAGGUCUGCGAAAUUUGCUUUGCGAAGAGAAGUCAGGAAGGUGGCGGUGAAUAUUCGGUUUCCUCGGUCUACAAAUGCAGUGUCUGUACUGUCGGACUGUGUACUGGAAAGAAAGACUGCUUCAAGAUCUACCACAAUUUACUGUUUGAAGUAAACAAUGGGAAUUGAUUGUUAAGAUGCCAAAGUGAAUGUACUUUACCGAUUUCAUAUUUUUUAUGUUGUCAUAACUAGCCGAAUUUAUUGGCGAUUGCUUCUCUUAAUAACGUUUUGCAGACCUGCAAUUCCUUUAGAAGAAACUUGAAUGACUAUGUACAAACGAGACAUUUCUUUGUAAAUAUUGCAGACCAUCCCCACCCCUUCCCCUUCAGGUAUUACAAUUACAACAUUGAUAUUGUAGUGUUUGCCCUCAAUAGUAUUAGUACUUUACAAACUUUAAUUUGGACAUAAUUUGGUUUGUUUUGUUUUUCUUUGCGGUUAAGUAUUAGAUUGUUUUCAUGUAGCACAGUUUCGUUAACAAUAGUAAAGUGUUGUGAGAAGAGACACAGUAUGGUCUCGAAAUUCCUAACAAUGUAUUUUGUUUUUUAUAUUUCAUUAAAUUCUAGUGAAUAAAUAAAACAUUAAUGGUUCUUGGCUUUUGAUGUUGUGUAUGAAACCUAUUCCAAUGAGAUUUGGAUAUUAAAAAGC